UGAUGCUCAUCUGUGUCUCCCUAAAUAGAUGCAUGCAUCUUCUAAUUCCUUCAAGCUCUCUCUUCCACAACCUUUCCGUUUGUUUCCAACGACCCACCAUAAAAUCUGAAAACAAUUAGGCUUUCCUUGGUUUCUCUCCCGAUCAGAGAUCUUAACUCCCCGGCCAGCCCCAUGCCCAUGGCUUCAUCUUCCAAAUAUUCGCCUAAUUGCCAAUAUCAUUCUUGCAUUCUGCUUCUUCUCCUUCCAUCUCUCUCCCUGCUGCUGCUGCUUCCAUGCGCAGAAUCCAAGCUCACCCUCGACUACUACAGCAAAACAUGCCCCAGGUUCUUGGAAAUCGUCCAGCGCGUCAUCACCGACAAGCAAAUCUCCACCCCCACCACAGCCGCCGCCGCCCUCCGCAUCUUCUUCCACGACUGCAUGGUUGAGGGCUGCGACGCCUCCGUCCUCAUCUCCUCCAACUCCUUCAACACCGCCGAGCGCACCAGCGACAUCAACCUCUCCCUCCCCGGCGACGGCUUCGACGUCAUCAUCCGCGCCAAGACAGCCAUCGAGCUCGAGUGCCCCGGAGUCGUUUCCUGCUCCGACAUCCUCGCCGUCGCCACCCGCGACCUCGUCGUCAUGGUCGGCGGCCCCUUCUACGAGAUCGUCCUCGGCCGCAAAGACAGCCUCGCCUCCAAGAUCUCCAACGUCGAGGGUAAUAUCGCCCGCCCUAACAUGUCGAUCACGCAGCUGAUCUCCAUGUUCGAAGCCAAGGGGCUGUCUGUGCAAGAUCUCGUCGCCUUGAGCGGCGCUCACACCAUCGGCUUCUCGCAUUGCAGCCAAUUCGCCAAACGGAUAUACAAUUUCAGCAAGUCCUCGCAGAUCGAUCCGACCAUAAACCCUAAGUACGCGCAAGGACUGAGGAAACACUGCGAGAACUACACCAAGAACGACGCGAUCUCGGCGUACAACGACGUGAUGACGCCGGGAAAGUUCGACAACAUGUACUUCCAGAACUUGCAGAAAGGGCUAGGGUUACUGGCGACGGACCAGGCGCUGGCGUCGGAUCCGAGGACGAAGCAAUGGGUGGAUGCAUACGCGGCAAACCAGACGGCGUUCUUCAAGGAUUUUGCUCGGGCGAUAGAGAAGGUGAGCGUUAUGAACGUGAAGACGGAGAAGAACGGAGAGGUGAGGCACAGAUGCGAUGUGUUCAACUCGUUGAACUCGAACCAGAAGGCUUAGCAAGGGAGGGGGAGAAGCCACAGCCA